GCAGGCGAGUUCGUGCACGACGACGUGUGGGCGAUCGUGAACAACCCCGACCUGCGGCCCGGCACCCCGCUCCGCUGGAGCAUCUUCACGAACGACUUCUGGGGCAAGGGCAUGGCCGAGAACACCAGCCACAAGUCCUACCGGCCGCUCUGGUCCUCACCUUCAAGCUAAACAUAUUUUUGACUGGCAUGAACCCAUUUUACUUUCAUGCAGUGAAUGUAAUUUUGCAUUGCCUGGUGACUCUUGUGCUGAUGUACACCUGUGAUAAAACUGUCUUCAAGAAUCGUGGACUCGCUUUUGUUACGGCAUUGCUCUUUGCUGUGCAUCCUAUUCACACAGAGGCGGUAGCUGGAAUUGUUGGCAGAGCUGACGUAUUAGCGUGCCUGCUGUUUCUGUUGGCCUUUCUCUCCUACAACAGGAGUGUGGACCAGUGCUGUGUUGGGGAGUGUUUCCCUUCCACGGCCUCUCCUUUCUUCUUGCUGCUCGGUUUGUUUCUGGGGACCUGCGCAAUGCUGGUGAAAGAGACGGGCAUCACAGUGUUUGGAGUGUGCUUGGUUUAUGAUCUCUUUUCCCUAUCCCACAAGCAAGAGAAAUCGAGCAAUGGGGUCAUCCCUCAGCGCAGCCCCCAGCAGCCGGGGAGCCCCCAGCCCUCACUGCCAGCGCACCCCCUCCGGCAGAAUGGGAAGCAGCAGCGGUUCCCUCACAAAGGAGCCUGGAGUGGCUGCCACUCCCCAUUGCCACCAGAACCCAAGAGCAGUGGAUUCCCGGUGUCUCCUCGAGCUGUGUGGUCCAUGAUGAGGUAUCUGACUGCAAGCAGUAAUAGAAAUUUCCUGCUUACCAUGCGGCCAUUCUUAAAAAGGGCCAUUUUGGUCAUAAGUUAUGUGAUUGUUGUGUUGUACUUCCGCCUGUGGAUAAUGGGAGGAUCGAUGCCCCUCUUUUCAGAGCAAGAUAAUCCAGCUUCAUUCUCCCCUUACAUUCUCACAAGAUUCCUUACCUAUUCCUACCUCUUGGCCUUCAACGUGUGGCUUCUGCUUGCACCUGUUACCCUGUGCUAUGACUGGCAGGUCGGCAGUAUUCCUCUGGUAGAGACCAUCUGGGACAUUCGGAAUUUAGCCACCAUCCUUCUGGCGGUAGUGAUGGCCUUACUGAGCCUGCAUUGUUUAGCCGCCUUCAAGAGACUGGAGCACAAGGAAGUUUUGGUGGGCCUGUUGUUCCUGGUUUUCCCGUUCAUCCCAGCCAGCAAUCUCUUCUUCAGGGUGGGUUUUGUGGUGGCCGAGAGAGUCCUUUACAUGCCCAGCAUGGGCUACUGCAUCCUUUUUGUGCAUGGACUGAGCAAGCUCUGCACUUGGCUAAAUCGAUGUGGAGCCACCACCCUGACCGUGUCCACUGUGCUGCUGCUGCUGCUUUUCUCUUGGAAAACUGUAAAGCAGAAUGAAAUCUGGCUGUCAAGAGAGUCCCUCUUCAGGCUGUAUCCACGCCAUGCAAGUGCCCUGAACAACCUUGGAACACUGACGAGGAACACAGCAGAGGCAAAGAUGUACUAUCAGAGGGCUCUCCAGCUAAAUCCACAGCACAACCGGGCUCUGUUCAAUCUUGGGAAUCUCCUCAAGUCCCAGGAGAAAAAAGAAGAGGCUGUCACUUUACUGAGAGAUUCCAUUCGAUAUGGCCCGGACUUUGCAGAUGCGUAUUCAAGCCUCGCUUCAUUACUGGCUGAGCAGGAGAGAUUUAAGGAAGCUGAGGAAAUGUACCAGGCUGGAAUAAAGAACUGUCCAGAUAGCUCAGACUUACACAACAACUAUGGAGUUUUCUUAGUUGAUACUGGCUCUCCCGAGAAGGCAGUGGCCCAUUACCAACAGGCCAUCAAACUUAGCCCGAGUCAUGACGUGGCCAUGGUGAACCUGGGGAGGCUCUACAGGUCCCUGGGAGACAACAGCAUGGCUGAAGAGUGGUACAAACGCGCCCUGAAGGUGGCACGCAAAGCGGAGACCCUGUCGCCUUUGGGAGCACUAUUCUACAACACGGGCCGAUACGAAGAGGCCUUGCAGAUUUACCGGGAAGCUGCGGCACUUCAGCCUUCUCACCGGGAACUCCGCCUGGCCCUGGCUCAGGUUUUGGCCAUGAUGGGUCAGACGAAAGAAGCUGAAAAGAUGACCAAUCACAUUGUAUCAGAGGACACUGGAUGCCUCGAAUGCUAUCGCCUGCUGUCAGCAAUCUACAGCAAGCAGGAGCAGCACGACAAGGCACUUGACGCUAUAGACAAGGCUCUCCAGCUGAAACCAAAGGACCCAAAGGUCAUUUCUGAACUUUUUUUCACAAAAGGAAAUCAACUAAGAGAGCAAAACCUUCUGGACAAAGCUUUUGAGAGCUAUAAAGCCGCUGUGGAACUAAAUCCAGAUCAAGCACAGGCCUGGAUGAACAUGGGUGGAAUCCAGCACAUCAAGGGAAACUAUGUGUCUGCAAGAGCUUAUUAUGAGCGAGCCUUACUGCUGGUUCCAGACAGCAAACUGCUGCAGGAAAAUCUGGCCAAAUUGGAUCGCCUAGAAAAACGAUUACAAGAAGUUCGAGAAAAGGAUCAACCAUAGCAGCAUUGGAUGUCGUCUGGAGGGACGAUUGCUGGUGCCUCUGGAGGAAGAAGAAGGGAUGGAGGCCUUGCUGUCACAUCAGCAGGGCAACCAACGGAGCUUUCCUCUCACUCCCAGUCCAGGGGGCACAUUUGGAGACACUCGCUGGUAACCGUGUGCUGUGGGACUUGCAUCUCCAUGAAAAAAAAGAUAAAAAAGAGCAAGCAAGAGAAGGAGGCUGGAGAGGGAAGGAAUACAACAGCAUUUUACAGAUUUUUGUUGUUGUUGUUGCUUUAACUCCAAAUUUCCCUCCAUAUAUUUCUCUGCUUUUGCAACCCAGAGAUCUGGUUCUCUCUCCUAGUUUAAGCUUUUAUGUCCCAGUAAUACAGAAAUUAGAAAUGCUAUGAAGUCAGAUCUUUGCUUCUUAAUGGGAUAUUUCGAAGAGGAUAAUUCCUCUGAGAUAAGCCAUUUGGGAAAUUCUACCAAGAGGCGGCUCAUUUAAUUCUCCAGAACCAGAAAGGAGUAACAAAUAAUUUUUUGUAGAACCUUCCAGAAUAUGUGGAGAAAGGGGCUGUUGUUAAGUGAGCUUGAUCUAAUAUUCCCCUAAAGAUAUUGCUGGAGCCCUACGGAAUAGUAAAUUAAAUUCCACUCUGAUGCAAGUUUUUCCCAUCGCCUAACAUAUAAAAAAGGAAGCUUCUGGAAUUAUGUAUGGAUAUUCUUAUCCCUAGGGGAAAAUCAAGAAUCUUGGUCCCCCUAAUUCUUUAUGGAAAAUUUAAAAUUUAUUACAAGUAGAGUAGUAGUUCUGCUCUAAGAUUUCAAAAGUACUUUUAAAAUCAUAAAUGUUUCUGCCUCCACAAAUAUUAUUAUUUUGGUGAAGAAAAAAUAGUAUAUUCUACAUGAGAAUUAUUAAAGAUGUUAACUGAGA